AUGUCGCCAGAUGAGCCUUUUGGAGAUGAUCAAGAUCUAGGUGGUCAUGGAAGUUCAGACCAGUCAGGGGGUUUUGGAAGUUCUAACCGUUCAAGCGGAUUAGGAAUUUAUGACCAAUCAGGGGGUUUUGGAUGUCCGGACCGUUCAGGUGGUUCUGGAACUUCCAAACAAUCUGGGAACUUUGGAAGUUACAACCAUUCAGGGGGUUUUGGAGGAGGGUUUACUAGUUCUAGCAGUUUAGGUGGUUAUAGAGGAUUUGGUAGUUCUGAUCGUUCAAGUCGAUUAAGAGAUAGUUCUGGUGGUUCUACGAACAAUAGUUUAGAUGGCCAAAGUGGAUUUGACUCCAAAAACAUAAAGGAGUAG